CGAACCGAAGCGGUUGAGCAAGCGAACGGGUGCAAGUGCAACCUCUCUUCUUGCUUCUUAUUCUUAGGAACCAUCCCUCUCCGAUCCAUCGAUGCAAGGGCACCGCGAGUAGCUGGCUCGGAGCACCCCCGCGCGCGAGCCAUGUCUGACGACAGCGACGGGCAGCGGCAAUGCCGCCGGGGCGUCACCGGCGACGUCGAGCUCGACGCCGCCAUGGCGCUGGCCGACAUGGCCGGCGCCGAGACUCAGCCGCGGCCGGGGGCGACGCCGCACCACCGACCUGCUGCCGCCGCCGCUCCUCACCAGGCGGCGGCCGAGGACGAGGAGGAGCUGGCGAGCACGCGGCUGAGCCUCGAGCUGGGCAAGGUCGGCAUCCAGUCCGCGUCCCCCUGCUGCUCCAGCAGCUCCAGCGCCGGCCACCCGCACCCCGCGCACCACCACCAACAUCACCAACCGCACGCCGUGCCCGCGCCGGCCGCCGCGGCGACGGGGUACGGCCCCCGGCCCCGCCACAUGCUCACCGAGGCCGAGAAGGAGGCGAAGCGGCUGCGGCGCGUGCUGGCCAACAGGGAGUCCGCCCGGCAGACCAUCCUCCGGCGCCAGGCCAUCCGCGACGAGCUCGCCAGGAAGGUCGCCGACCUCUCCUCGCAGAACGAGAACAUGAAGAAGGAGAAGGACAUGGUGAUGCAGGAGUACCUCUCGCUCAAGGAGGCCAACAAGCAGCUCAAGGAACAGGUGGCGAGGACGACCAAGGUGGUCCCGGCGACGACAGCGGCGGUGACCGCGGCGGUGCCCGUGCAGCAAGCGGCGGCGGAGGCCAUGGCGGCGGCUACGACGACGUCCCCGCCGGCGACGCCGCCGCGGCCGGGGUUCCUGUAUACGGCGGCGCCGCCGGUGCCCUACGUGUGGGGCUCGUGGCCCCCCGGGCCCGGGUACGAGCACCACCACGGCAGCCCGCCGCCGAUCUGCCUGCCGCCCUGCGCGUGGUACUACCCCGUCGUGGCGGACCCGCGCGGGUCGCCGUCCGCGUACCCGCAGCAUCAGCAGGCGCAGGCGGCGGCGGCGUUCCAGCCGGAGCCCGCGGGCAGCGGGGGCGGCGGGAGCCCGGCCGGCGGCGGCGCGACGGCCGAGGAGGACACCGAGGACGACCCCUGCUCGCUGACGCUCGGCCUCGACGUCGCCGACAAGCGGAGCGCGCCGAUCAGCAUCGACGCCCGCGGCGGCGCGGGGCCGAGCGACAGGGACAAGGAGGCCACGGCGGCGGAGGCCAGGAAGCGGAGGAAGGAGCUGAACAAGCUCAAGCACAUGCACGCCGCCGGCCGCCCCGGGGGCGAGCAGUGGUAGGCGGCAGGCGAUUGACAUACAGCGUGAAUGACAGGGCGUGCACUACGGCGGCAUUGGUGGCGGUGACUCCAUUGGUUUUCUCGGCGGCGAACUAAUAAACCUCGUGAUGAUCUGAUCUCUUCUUUGGAUCCAUUGCUUUCGUGUUUCUUUUGGUUUAGGUUAGGCAGGAAGAAGGAAGGUUUGCAUGCGUGCGUACGCAUUUGGUCGUGUCCUGAAGCCUCAAGGCAUUGGAGGAGAGAUGUUUUCUGUUUUUCGUAGUAUUCUUUGCUGU